AUGGAACGCAAUUCACAUGAAGCAGGACCUUCUUCUGCUUCUGUGAAUCUUGAAGCAACAUCCCGCGAAGAAGCAAGACAGACAAUCGUAGCAAGCUUGGUGCAAAUCUUAGAUCAGCCAUUGGCAAUGUUACGUGAUGGAACGGUCGGAGAUCAACAAAUGAGGGCUGAAUCCCGCUUGAUUCCCGGUAGCACUCUCGGUAAACAUCUAAGGCAUGUACAUGACCAUUAUCGAGUACUUCUAGACAGUAUCGAAUCAUCAUCGAAACGAAACGACGGUGGCGAUGAGGGAAUCGAUCUGGAUUACGACAAACGAACAAGAGUUGUCCCUUUGGAAACCAGUGCGAAAUCAGCUCUACAGGAAUUUGAAUCAACAAUCGACAGGAUACAAAGAAUAUUCAACCGAAAACAAGGACAAGAUGCAUCGUGGGAUGUUCAUCUAGAUAGACAUGUCCGACUUUCUGCAACGACACCAGCUGAGAUUGAACUAAGUAGUUCGUUAGGCAGAGAGCUGUGGUUCGUUUGCUUGCAUGCCAUUCAUCACUAUGCAUUAGCGAGGGUAAUCUUAGUACAUGAGCUUGGUUUACAGAUCAACGAUUCGUUCGGAGUUGCGCCUAGUACGAUGGUCAUGCGAUUGUGGCGACAAGCAUCUUCUCAAUGGAAAUCCAAAUUGUGA